AUGCCACUUGGUUUAGCUCUCGUAAUGUUUAGUGAAAGAAAAAAAGAGAUUAAGAAAAAUAAAUCUUCAAAAACAGGAAAUAAAAUAAAAUUUCAGGAAAAGCUUGUUAAAGAGAAAACAACAUGGCGAGGACAGAGGAUGGAAAGUUGGGUUUGUUUAAAGCUUACCUUUCCCCAUUUCUAUGAAAUGCUCAAGGUAUAG